AUGGCCUACAUUCACAUUUGCCGCCAUGGUCAGGAUAUGGACAACGCGCACGGCAUUUUGAAUGGACACCGAAACGAGCCGCUCUCUGAUCUCGGUCGUAGUCAAGCUGUAACGGUUGCCAACAAGAUCAAAGAGAGCGGUGUCAACUACAGCAUCAUCUACUCCUCCCCGCUGCAGCGCGCUCUUGACACGGCGUCGGUGAUUGGUGCCGCGGUGGGCGUGCAGGUGCAGGUGCGUGCUGACCUAAUCGAACGCGACUUCGGCGUCUUGUCAGGAAAGCCGUACAGCGACAUAUCCAAGUACGCCGGCGAUAAGCUGCUACAAGGAGACAAAGUUCUGUACUUUCUGGAAGUUGAGGGCUGUGAAAAUUUCGACCAGUGCUACAAACGGGCUCAGGGUGUGCUGGCGGAUGUGAAUGCGAUGCACGCUGGUGAGCACGUCCUGCUCGUCUGUCAUGGUGACAUUGGGAAGAUGUUGCAAGCGGCACAUGCCAAGGUGGAAUGGCAGGAAGGACUUCGGCUCCCCUAUUUUGUCAACACCGAGGUGAUUGAGCUAUAG